CCGGAAGUAAGUCCGCCACAUUAAUGUUCCCGCAGGAACACGGAAAUUGAAAACAUUUGUGAGUGAGCUCCGCCUCUGCAGGUGGAUGUGACCGGCUAUACACUGGAAGCAGGGUCCAGUGUGUCCAGGCGUCGAGAUUGUGUUCCAGCGGAUAACAACAUGGGACUACUGUCUGACCCGAACAGAAGACGGGCUUUGAUCGGCCUGCUCACCCGCCUCAAUUCCCCGAUCUGUAUGGUCUGCUACAUGGCGGGCGUGGCUUGGUUCAUGGGUUUAGCUUUUGAGCCGUUCACUCUGCGGACAUACAUGUCAGAGAAUGCCAUGGGGUCUACCAUGGUGGAGGAGCGGUUUCCAGCGGGCGAGAGGGCGCUGGCCACCGGCAGGGAGUUCGCAGCUCACAAGAAGAAAGCGGGUGGGAUGCCCGUGGAUUGGUUGGUGAGGACCAUGCAGGCUAGAGGGCUAGAAGUGUUUACCCAGAGCUUCUCUCGCACUCUUCCCUUUCCUGAUGAAAACAAAGAGAGAUAUAUGGUGAAAGGCACUAAUGUAUAUGGGAUCCUUCGGGCCCCUAGGGCUCCACGGACUGAAGCCCUGGUGCUCAGUGCUCCCUGCAGCCCGGGCGAUAACAACAACCAGGCUGUGGGACUGCUGCUUGGUUUAGCACAGUACUUCAGAAAUCAGAUUUUCUGGGCCAAGGACAUCGUCUUCCUCGUCAAUGAGCAUGAUCUGAUUGGUAUGCAGGCUUGGCUGGAGGGCUACCACCACACCAACACUACAGGUAUGGACUGGUCUCCGCUGCAGGGCCGUGGUGGUUCAAUCCAGGCAGCUCUGUCCCUGGAGCUCAGCAGUGAUGUCGUCACUAGUUUGGACCUGGUAUUGGAAGGCCUCAACGGCCAGUUACCCAACCUGGAUUUAGCCAACCUCUUCUAUGCCUUCUGCCAGAAGAUAGGAGUUCUUUGCACCAUCCAGGGAAAGCUGCAGAGGAAUGACUGGGACAGUGUAUCCGGCUACAGCCACGCAGUCCAGACCAUGAUGCUGAUGGUGAUGAAGCAGGCCAGCGGGCGGCCUUGGGGGGACCACGGCCUGUUCCUGCGCUACCACAUCGAGGCUGCCACCAUCAAGGGCAUCAACAGCUUCCGCCAGUACAAGACUGACACUACAACAAUUGGCAGGCUUCUGGAAGGAAUGUACCGUAAGCUGAAUAACCUCCUGGAGCGCCUGCACCAGUCCUACUUUUUCUACCUCAUGCCGUCACUCUCUCACUUCGUCUCUAUUGGCUACUACAUGCCUGCCUUCGGAUUGCUGGCUGUCAUUCUGCUGCUUCGUGCCUUAGACCUGUGGGUUCAACUCGCGACUCCACCACCAAGAACAGAAGAUGGAGAAACUGACGUUGAGCAGCAGUCCAGUCCAGGAGUGCUGUCUGUUUUGACGCCUCUGGUGAUCAGCCACCUGACUGGAGUAGCUCUGUACACGCUGCCAAUCCGUUUUCAGGAGAUGGCUGUUGAACACUUCCCAGUGUCUGAGACCGAGGCUGUGGUCCUGACAGCUAUUGCCGUUUACACGGCAGGGCUGGCUUUGCCUCAUAACACACACAGAUUCCUGUCAGGUGAGGGGACGGAGCAGGGCUGGCGAGUGCUGAAACUGGUUGCGGUACUGUACCUAGCUGUGCUGCUGGGUUGCACCGCCCUCAUCAACUUCUCCCUGGGCUUCAUCCUGGCUCUCACCCUGGUGCCUGUGGCUGCUUUCGUCACACCUCACGUCCCAAAGGUUCUGUCAGCCUUCAUAUUGGUCAUCCUCAGCCCAGCCUGCACGCUCCUCUUUUCCGUCUAUUUCUUCCAAGAGCUACAGGAAAUGCCUGUCAGCUUCCAGGAUGGUUGGUUGCUCUACCUGUCAGUCAUCUCGCAGGGCAUCCUGGACCACUCCCUGUACGGCUCUCUGGUCUACCCACUCAUAUCCCUACUGGUCUAUCCGUGCUGGCUGCUUUUCUGGAACAUCCUCUUCUGGAAGUAGAUGCCGGUCAUGCAGGACCACUGAAGGCUUUCAUGGGGAGAAAAACCCCCUUGAGGUGUUCUCAGGUUUGUCUUCAGUGGGGGUGGGGGUGGAGGGGUAUGAAGAAUGACAGUUAAAUCCACUGGAGAAAUUGGAAAAGAAGGGGAAUAUCUAUAGUAGACUUGGAGAGAGUACAGUGACUCCCUUUUUUUGGACAUUUUGUUGGUAUUUCAAUAUCAACUCCAAGUAUUUCAUUCUUAAAGCACUGAAGAAAAAUCAGGACUUCUUGAUAAACUAAGCAGAAUGGACUGUUUUUUUACUAAACAUCUCAGUUAUAAAUAAGUGGAAGAGGGGAUGAUCUUUCAACAACUAACAAGAAAUUUCAUGGUUGGAUUGGUUUCUGUAAAAACAAAAAAAAACACUUUGGUUUAGGAAUUUAUUUCUAAGGCUUUUGGUUUGUGAUACAUAGGGAAAAUACUGCACUGUUAGUUUUUUUUUUUUUUUUUGUUUUGUUUGUUUUUUAAAAUUGGGCAGGGUUGUAAUGAUGGAAGAAGUUGAGACAGUAGCAACAUGGUUUAUUCUCAGGGUAAACAGUGGAGAAAAAGAAUAAACCAGUUUGUUGGUCUUCAUCCUCUACACCUGCACCUGUUGACUAAGCCAUCACUACAUCUAAUAUUUUUAUACUUUUUUUGAUAACCUUAUUUGAAACAUGUUUAUUUUGUAUUUAUGAAUGUCAAAAUAAAAGACUGGAAAAGUUUGGGUCCCA